CUAUGUGGAUAUUGUGGUGUAAGGUUCUAAGAUAAAUAGUAAGGUUUGUAGUUUGUACUUACAAAUACAUUGCACAAUAGCGUAUAAUAUUUGAAAAUUUUAUUUCAACUAACUGCGAAUAAUAUUCAUCUCAACUUAAAAUAAUGAGUAUAAACAAUGUUGUAACAAGAUCAUGUCUGAUUAACCAUCAGUUCCGCAGAUACGUGGCCUCAACUGAAAAACCAAAAGACAUAAUAUCUAAUGUUAAAGGUUUGAGUUCCAAGGUUAUCAUUGCUAACCCACCACCAGAACGUGUUAAGAAAGCUGCAGAAAACGGUCCCUACAAGAAUCCACAAUAUUUUAGUUACCACAAAAAUUCAUAUUUUGAUGCUGAGAUUGAAAUGCACAAAUAUAGAUUACCACAACCUUCAAGUUUAAAGUAGAAAAUAUUCACUAUGGUUUUUUAUAGAAUUUUGUUAAGAUACGUGCCAAUGAUAACUUUCCCAAUAGCUUUUGUGGCUGGUAUUAUUGGCUACAAUGUAGAACGUACAAUUUCUAAUGUAGAGACACCAUCUAUACCUAGUAUUUUAGAAGAAAAACUUAAAAGAAAAGAUGAUCAGAAAAUUUCAUACAAUGAACCUCCGGUUUUAGAAAGAAAUCUUUCACCGCCAUUAAAAAAAAACUAUUAAUUUGGUCACACAACAAUAUAUUUAGUUGAAUAAAUUAAUUUUACAAAAAUAAAUUGUAUAUUAAAUAUUUAGUAGAUUUAUUUAUAUGUAUUAUAAUCAUUAAAGAAAAAAUGUGUUUUUUCAUUUCAUUUUUAAAAUAAAUAUAUUAUCUCAACCUAAAAAGAUAUUCAUUAAGAUAUAAGUAAGAUAAACGUUAUUCAAAUUUGUAUUUAUGAAGUUAAUUAGUAUUUUGAUAAUUAAUAGACAGCAUCAGGUUGAGAUUUUACAGCCCAUCAACACUAUACAUUUUUAAUAAAGAAAUAUUGCCAUGCAAC